AUCAGCUCCAUCUCCAUCAUCCCUACACGAUUCUGCGGCUCCUGUGGGAAAUACACCGACACGUGCGCGCGCGCAGCCACCCACGGGGCGCGUGCGCGGAUUAAUCAUAUCUGAAGAGGGAGAGAGAGAGAUGUGGAGUCCGGUGUGACUUAUCUAUCCUACACUCGGCGCUGCUGUUGCUGCUUCUGCGCACACCUACACGCACUCCAUAGCUGUCACACACACACUCAGCGGGACUGACGCACCGUGGGCAAGAGAGGGAGAAGGAGAGAGAGAAAAAAGAGAGAGGGAGAGAGAAAGGAGUCAGACAGGCUCCGGCAGAGGGAUGUACCGGACCCUGCUGUAUCAAACGGGAACGAAUCGCAGAGCGCGGACUGGACCGGGACCAGCGCAGCCAGUUUGAAGAAGUAAGGAGUCACCUGGCUGCGGGAGGAGGAAGAGAGCUGGAGGGGCUCAAGGGAGGAAGAGGAGGAGGAGGAGAGGGUGGAGGUGUGUCCGCCUGACUGGGCUCUGCUUUUGGGGGUAACGACACAACGGAGAGUCCACGCAAAGUUUACUCGAUGGCGUUGGUGAUGGAGCCGGUGAGCAAAUGGAGCACAAACCAGGUGGUGGACUGGAUGAAAGGUCUGGACGACUGCUUGCAGCAGUAUGUGGGAGUGUUUGAGCGGGCGGGUGUGUCCGGGGAGCGGCUGCUGAGGAUCAGCCACGCCGAACUGGAGGAGCUGGGCGUGUCUCGGAUCGGACACCAGGAGCUCAUCCUGGAGGCCGUGGACCUGCUCUGUGCUCUGAAUUCGGGUCUGGAGACCGAGAGCGUCAGGACUCUCGCUCACAAGCUCGGCGCCUCGGCCAAGAACCUGCAGAACUUCAUCUCCAGCCGCCGGCGGAGCAGCCAGUUGGAGAGCAGGAGCUCACGGCGGCUCCCCAACGACCUGCUGACCUCCGUGGUUGACCUCAUCACCGCUGCCAAGAGCCUGCUGGCAUGGCUGGACAGGUCUCCCUUUGCUGCUGUGGCAGACUACUCAGUUACCCGAAAUAAUGUCAUUCAGCUCUGCCUGGAGCUCACCACCAUUGUACAGCAGGACUGUACGGUGUUUGAGACAGAGAACAAAAUCCUCCAUGUGUGUAAGACUCUGUCUGAAGUGUGUGAGCACAUCGUGUGCGUUUCGUCGGACCCACUGGUCUCCCAGUCUGCCCACCUUGAACUGGUUCACCUCACCAACACUAAGCCAUCCGAAGGCCUGGGGAUGUACAUCAAGUCCACUUAUGACGGUCUGCAUGUGAUCACAGGAACCACCGAAGGGUCUCCAGCUGACCGCUGCAAGAAGAUCCACGCAGGAGAUGAAGUGAUUCAAGUCAACCACCAGACCGUGGUGGGCUGGCAGUUGCGUAACCUGGUCGGCUCGCUGCGGGCCGAUAAAGGCGUCGUGUCCCUGACCCUGAAGAAGCGUCCGCAGAGCACGCUCAGCUCCGCCCCUGCACUGCUGAAGAACAUGCGCUGGAAACCCCUGGCUCUGCAGCCGACCAGAAGCCCAGGCAGCGGCUCCGGCACGCCGUCAGGCACACCCACCAAAAGCUCCGCCCUCCAGGAUCUCUACAUCCCGCCUCCCCCCGCCGAGCCCUACACCCCCAGAGACGAGACAGGAACCCUGUCUGGAGACGAAGCGUCUCGUAGCCAUGGUGGCGUCAGCGCUGCCAAGCGCUCUGAAUCACCAAACUCCUUCCUGGAUCAAGAGUCUCACCGGCGAGAAGAGGAGGAGCCGGUGUACUGCACCACGCCCACAUACGGCAGGCUGAGGCCCAUCUCGAUGCCUGUGGAGUGCAACUGGGUGGGCGACUACGAAGACCCAGCCAAGCUGAACAGAGAAGCCCGCAGAGAUGCCUCGUUGUUGCGUUACGUGGGACUGUCCACUGCGGACGAGCGGACCGUCUCGGAGGACUACUCCUCCCACACGGCGCGUCCAAAUAAAAGGUCCAAUGACACGGCCAAGCGUGCCAAGAGGCGGAGCCACCACAGCCAAAGCCCCUCCCACUAUCUGCUUCAGACCAAUCAGAGGGAAUCGCCUCCCAGAGACCAAACCUCUAUGUAUCAUACAUACCAGCAGUCGACCUCUUUGCAGACAAAGAACAGGAAGAAGAAUAAAGGACGAGGUCUGACCUCGCUGAGUCGGAGGCGCGUUUCCUGCAAAGCGCUGGGCAGAGGAGACUGCGAGGGCUGGCUGUGGAGAAAGAGGGACGCCAAGGGUUACUUCUCUCAGAAAUGGAAGAAGUACUGGUUUGUGCUGAAAGACAACUGCUUGUACUGGUACAUCAAUGAGGAGGACGAGAAGGCGGAGGGUUUCGUCAGUCUUCCCGAGUUUAAGAUUGACCGUGCCAGUGAAUGUCGAAAGAAGUAUGCUUUCAAAGCGUGCCACCCCAAGGUCAAGAGCUUCUACUUUGCAGCAGAUGGAGUGGACGACAUGAACAGAUGGCUGAGUCGCCUCAACAUGGCAGCUGUGGGCUAUGCGGAGCGGGAGAGGAUGCGGCAGGAGCAGGACUAUUGGAGCGAAAGUGAACAUGAGGACGACACCACGUCCAGCCCGAAACAGGACAGCCCCCCACCUCCAUAUGAUACCUACCCACGGCCUCCAUCGAUGAGCGCUUACCUGGAAGGCCGAACCACCCGCCUGUCUUCCACGGAGACGUCUCGCUCUCGAUCUUCUCAGGAGGACUUCCUGUGCAGCGAGCCCCCGGUGACAGCUGCGGAGCCGCAGUACCACCCAGGCCCUCUAGGGGGAGGCACCACACACAGCGGGAGAAAGCCACUGGGCAGCAGCAGCAGCGACGUGCCGUACAGAUGUGACCCUGUGGAGUACCGCUCCAGUCCGGCGGGGGGCAGCAGUGAGACAGGGUCCCCGGGCCGUUCGUCGUCCUCGCAGAGGCGGUCGUGGCAGGACCUGAUAGAGACGCCGCUGACUGAAGCUGGACUGCACUACCUGCAAACUGGACCACUGGAGGACGCCGUCUUCGCCGAGCCGGGCCUGGGAGGCGGCUCGAUGAUGGCUGGAGCCGUCUACACUCUCCCCCCACAGAGGAACGUCCCGUUGCCCGUGGCGAUGCAGAGGCUGAUUCCCAUGGCAACCCAGGGAGGGAAACCCCGCAGCUUCACGCUGCCGCGCGACAGCAACCUGCACACGCUGCUCGCUCCGCCGGUGAAGGAAGAGCAGCCAACACACAACUGUGGCAGUGAAGGCGCGUCCCUGGGCGACCUGUUCCGCGCCUGCGAACAGGGUGGCGUCUGUCCGCUGGGGCGGGGCUCGGACGCCAAGGGCCAGUCAGAGUUCAGGCAGUCGUUCCUCCGACGGGCGGCGGACCCUCAGCUCAACGAGCGCCUGCACCGCCUGCGCAUCCUCAGCUCCACGCUCAAGGACAGGGAGGGGGAGCUCGCGCUGAUUGACAGGCUGCUGGCCAAUCCGCAGCUCUCGUCGGCCGAGUUCCAGGAGUGGAAGCGAGCCUAUCAGGACCUGUUCACUCAGGACCAGAACUCCGCUGCCGAACCCGAACCUGAACCCGAACCCGCCGACCCGGGGCCGCCGCCCCUCACACCCUCGCUGUCUCACACGCACUCCUACAUCGAGACGCACGUCUGACCUGUUAAACGCGGACAGUUGAGCCGUCUGGUUCCGAUUGUUCAUUUGAAUGUCGCAGGGCGGGUCCGGUAGUGACGGACUGACUCGUGGUUUCCGCUUCCCGAUCGGUUCGCUACCACAGAUUACGGAGGAGCGCCUCACGCCGAGCGGCUUCCUGUCGCCUCGAGCCGGUCCAGCUCACGACAGGUGCUAGUUCCUGUUAGCUUCUGUUAGCUUCUACCUUCGAAGAUCAUUUCCUGCGGAUGGUUCCUCCCCAUCACCUUCAUUAAAAGCGAAAUCACAGAAUG